CGGCGUGAUGGAAACAGGACACUCUGUUGAUUUUAAAACAUGAUCAUGGAACCCAAAGAGCAUAUCACUUUGGAUAACGAACAUUCCUAUAGCUUCAAUGAAGCUUUCGGUACAUGUCUAUCGAAGAAGGAACACGGCACAUUUGAAUGCGUGAAUCGUGGUAUUUUAUGUGCUUUACAAUCCUGGCACGAUAAGGACACUUUGGAAUUUGGCAAGAUGCGACUGGAUCGAGCGGAAGGUUACAGCAGAGAUUUUUUAAAUUUAGAUUACGAUCCGAAGGAUUUCGGAAAUAUCGUGAAGGCAGCCGCCAAAUUGAUGGAACGCCGAAAUAUCAAGUGGAAUCUCGAUAAUCUAUAUCCUGGAUUGCAAAUGCGCGUCGGACCAAUGUUAAACGGAGAUGGAAUACUGGAAUUUGCUCUCGAUAAAAGAGCUGCUUCGUUCGACGACAGGCAGACUGGCGGUCCAGGAAGACAGUUAACCAGACAUAUAUUACUGCCAUUUCUCUUGGGUUUCAAAUUCAACUUGGCAUCUCUAAUUCCGCUUAUGUUUGGUUUGCUGCUGAUUGUGACCAAGAAGGCUCUGCUAUUGACGAAAGUGGCGCUAUUUCUAAGUGGUCUCUUAGGAUGGAAUAAGCUCUUUUCCGGAACAUCUGCAACGUCUUACCCGGCGAACGCGUUCAAUGACUUUCAUACUUACGGAUAUGAACAUGAAAUACCAGCAGAUGUUUAUUCCCAUUAUGAGUAUCAUUAUCCGCAGCGACCUUACAAAAAAACGUUACAAGACUAUACUCCUUUUGAUCAGCAUGUCAUUAGAGAAGUAGUCAAUGUUUAUGAAGGAAAUAAUGACUCGGGGCAAAAUAGAAAAAAUGCAAAGAAUUUUGUUUGGACUCAAAAUUAAUUAAUCGUACGAUUUAAAUAUAUAUAAUAAAAUUUGAAUAAAUUACAUAAA